AUGGAUGAAUCUGUUUCUCAAACAAUUCAUUGUUUAACAACUAACAUUGAACGUGCUAUGAUCAAAGAAAAUAAAUUAAAUAAACGUCGUCAAAAAAAACCGGCUAAGGUAACAUCUGAUAUUGAAAAACAAAUAAUUGUUGUAGAAUUAUUUGAUGAUAAUAAUAAUCAACCAAUUGAUGAAAACGAAAUAAAUAAAAACGCAUGGUUUAAUUGUCGAAGAUUAUCAAUUAAUGGACAAUCCUAUACUGUUAUUAAAUUUCGUUUUCCUGAAAAAAUUCUAACAAAUACAAUAACAACAGCAUUUGUAGAAAUUGAUUAUGGUCAAUAUGAAUAUUCAUUAUUUGAUUUGUAUGUUACAGAUGAUAUUGAAACAAAAGAAAAUGAUCAUACUCAAUGGAUACAUGUAUAUCGUGGAUUAUUUUGUAUAUUUAAUGAUGAACAUGUUAAUAAAUGUGUACAUCUUGUUUGUUUACCUCGAAAUAAUUCAUUACGAGAAGGUAUGCAAACUGAAACUAUAUCAAAAACAAGAAUUAUUCAAUAUCCAUUUUAUUUACCAAUGAAUAUAAGACAUGAAUUAACAAAAGAAUAUUUACCUAUUGGUUCAAAAAGUUUUCGUUUAGUAUCGUAUAAUAUAUUAGCAAAUGGAUAUGCAUCAUCAGCUGAUGCUGCUAAAACAAUUUAUUCAUGUUGUUCACAAGAUUAUCUUGAACAUGAUUAUAGAAAAGCACUUCUUUUAAAAGAAAUAUUAGGAUAUCAUGCUGAUAUUAUUUGUUUACAAGAAUGUGAUGCAUCAUUUUAUCAACGAGAACUUUCAUUAGUAUUAAAUCAAUAUGGUUAUUUAGGUGAUAUGAAAAUAAAAAGUGAUUCAAUGAGAGAAGGUAUUGUGAUUUUUUAUAGAACAGAUCGAUUUGUUGCUAUCGGUAAUUAUAAUAUUAAAAUAGGUGAAUAUUUACGUUAUUCAGAACAAUUGGAAUAUAUUCGAUGUCGAUGUUCACUAGUAUCAGAAAUCAAUACUCAUUUAUUAGAAAGAAAUACAGUAUUACAAAAUGUGCGUUUUCUAUCUUCUGAUAUAUAA